AUGACAAAUGAUAUUAAGGCGGUCUGAAAUUUUAGUAAUUGAACUAAAGAUAUGGCACAGUCGCGGCCUAUUCAAGGAAACAGUUCUGACAAGGACAAUGAAGAAAGAUUUCAGACUGAAUUGGAAUUUGUUCAGUGUCUGGCCAACCCUAAUUACCUCAACUUUUUGGCCCAGAGAGGAUAUUUUAAAAGCAACAACUUUGUGAACUAUCUCAAGUAUCUGCAGUACUGGAAGGAGCCUAUGUAUGCUAAGUAUCUCAAGUACCCCCAGGCAUUGCACUUCCUGGAAUUGUUGCAGUACGAACAGUUCCGAAAGGAGCUGGCCAAUCAGCAGUGUGCAAAGUUUAUUGAUGAUCAGCAGUUGUUACACUGGCAGCACUACCAACGCAAACGUAUGCAGCUUCUGCGAGCAGAGGCAGAACAUGCAAGAGAGAUGGGCGAAACCAAGCCUGCAUGAAAGGGGCAUGAAUGCUGCAAAUAUAAUUAUCAAACCCAAUUUACAUAAUAUUUGAGUAGGCUGAAUUUUUCUACUCUACGGUGUGGAUGUAAGCAAUUGAACAAAGUUAAAAUUGAAAUGAAGGUGUUGAGCAUGGUCUGUGAUUUUAAGCCUUUUCCAGUUUUAACCACAAACAUUUAUCUCAUCUGCUGUAAUUCCUAAAGGAAUAUUUCCUAUUCAUAUUCAUUUAUAAUCUUAAAAACAGUAUGUUAUGUAAAAACUAUAUUAAAAUUGAUAAACAUUUGAUAUCAGAGUUAAUUGAUUGGAUAAAACUCUUGAAUUGUUUUCGUACCGUUGAGACAUGUGGAAACUGGCUGUAAAAAUGAUGAAGGCUUUUUACGUCUGUUUCUGGAUGCUUGUGCGUGUGUCUGUCGUCAUUACACUGUGCAUAUGAUGAACAUUUAAUAUCUUAUUGGUGCAACGUGCAAGAUAUGAUGUGGAGUAUUUGAUGUAUUCAUGUGUAAAUAAAAUAAAGGGAUAGAAAACAUA